AGUGAACCUGCGACUCCCAGGCACCACCGACCUCUGACCUCACUGCCGCACCGCAUUCACUGGCGAGAACCGGCAGAUGCCUUUAUGUCGAAACACGAAGCGCCUGUGGUAGGGCUUGCAAUUGCGUCAAAGGCAGAGCCGCGGAAGGAUUGGCCCUGGCGGUGAGGAGUUGGAUAGGGCGCUUUCUUGCCUUGUCACGGCAAUGCAAGCAUAAAAAUAUUAUUUGAACAUACCGGCAUCUAACGAUUCUCACUAGAUAACACGGCACGCCACCUACUGGGCCGUUUAUCCAUCGCCGGCAUCCUACGCUGACACCCAACAUCGGUCCAUUGUAGUAAUGUACCUCGUGCACUCAAACCACCCGCUCUUCCCACCUCGGCCAUACCCUAUCCUCGUCCUAAGUUCUUCUACGCAGAAAUUUUUAACCGGCACGACCGCGGUCUUAUCCUUGCCCGUAUUGUUGCCAACAUCCCGGUCUUUGGCUUGAUCCUCCACGUCCGUGGCAAUAAUUUUGAUGAACCGCAAAUCCCGCGAUAGUAGCGGUAUUGCGUGCUGGGAUUGAGAGGCCGAAUCUAAAGAACUCUGGAAGUCCGGCCACACCUGGCGAAGGACAAAAAGGGCCCAUUUCUUGAUAGUUACUUUUCUGUUUAAAUCAAUUCGCUUAUCUUUAUCCUCUCCUUGCCUAUAUCACUGUGGUUCCUAACUUUCUUUAUUUCUCUCAUGAGAGUCUUCUCAUAUCAGAUAUCUCUUUCCCCUCUAUUAUACAAUCUGAUUUUUAGCCAGAUUUUCAAGUCUACCUAUAGAACUGCUUCCCGAAAACUUAGCUGUUGAAAGUACUCUGGGGGUACACUGAAGCCUGUGAAACACCAGGGUGUCCGGUGUCGCAGUAGUUUUACUACCUCGUAUAGCUUUGCACUAAUGCUGCUUUGGGGGGACGAGUGAAUGUAGUUCAGUCGCAUGAAAUUGAGAAAAGAUUCAUUCCGCUCCGCUCUGUACCGUGAAAACUCGUUG